ACAGUGGACAUGCCCAAGAAACUAGUAGAAACGAUCACAUCUCAGACGAAGGAGACAAAAUUCUCUCAAGAAAGAAACGGUUUCCAGUUUUUGGAUUUUUAAGUUUUCUAAUGUUGCUAGUAAACAGUGUAAUGUUGAUCAAUGAAAACAUCAACAUUAACAACAACAAUAACAACAAUAAUAAUAACAACAACGAUAACAACAACAACAACAACAACAAUAACUUGAAUAUGAACAUGAAUGGAAGACGACUGUUUAAGAUGAUUGAAGAUUUUGCAAGUAAUGUUGCUGAGAAUCUCGGAAUCCAACAAACUGCUUUUAAACCUGAAACUUCGUACUCCACUUCAAACCCAUCCAUCCCUAGCAGCCCUUUUUCAAGCGUAUCCAAGCUUGAAACUAAUAUUCCUGUUUUUGGAGAUGGAAAUAGUGCUAACACACCCUCUGCUCUUUAUUCAACCACAUCAGCAACAACAACAACAACAACAGUAAGAUCUAGUUUAUCAGAUGUGAGCAGGGCUGAAAUCAUCCCAAGCUUAACUGAUACUAUGAAGAAGACCUGGAAUAUUGGAAAGUUUGAUAAAAUGAAGAUGAUGUACGACUUUACACGGUAUCUAGCAGAAAGAGGCUCGCAAAAUCAACUAGACAUUAUAAAAUCAGUUAAACCCGAGAUCGUUUCCUCCAAUAUUUAUGAAUCUGUCGCAGACCUGAAUCCCGAAAUUGAGACGGACGUUGUAGACAAGUCUGGAGACGCGCUUGAUGAGCGCACAAUGAUCAUGAGUCCUGCAAAUGAGCUCGUUUUAUCAAGAAAAAAACGCCAAUUUUCAGUUUUCAGUUUGUUGAACUUUUUGCUUGUUGUUUUCAACGUGGUUCUGGACAUUAAUAAUAACAUUAACAAUAACAACAACAACAACAAUAAUAAUAACAAUAACAACAACAAUAAUAACAACAACAACAACGUGAACAUGAAUAGAAGAAGACGUUUGUUGGACGAUUUGCAGAUAAUGCUUCAGCAGGGGUUGCAACAAUUUGGAUAACGUCAAUUUUUGUCACUUUUUGUUUAAACUAUUAAUAAUUUUUAUGCAUUAUUAUUUGUAUAAAAUCAAUGAAUGUCAAUGUAAUU